AUGUUGGGGAGAGAGACAGUGAUCCUUGACAAUGGAGGCCAUACAAUGAAAAUUGGCACAAGCCGAGAUAUUGAGCCAAGGCUCAUCCCUAAUUGUAUCGUCAAAGCCAAAGCAGAUCGAAAACGUGAAUUUGUUGCUGAUGAGCAAUCGGAAUGCACGGACAAGACUGGUCUUUUCUACGUUUUACCCUUUGAGAGAGGAUAUUUAGUGAACCCCGAUGUUGAGGAACAAAUUUGGGAGACCGUAUUCGAAUCAUAUCCUACUAAAGAUAGUCGUAUAGUCCUCACCGAUCCUAAUUAUCUUAUUCCUGCCAUUGAAGAUGUUAGCGUCGAAGUGUUAUUUGAACAACACAAUUUUCAUUCUAUCUAUAAGGCAUCAGCUGCCGGCUUCAUCGCCUUAGAGGGUUCAUGUCGCAAUAUACGCUGUGCUCUGGUUGUUGAUUGUGGCUUCUCAUGUGUCACUGUAGCUCCAUUUCUUGAUGGCAAAGCCAUUCAGCAGGGCAUCGUACGGAUAGACGUAGGCGGAAAGGUGCUGACUAAUCAGCUAAAGGAAUGGAUUACGUAUCGUGAUCUCAAUGUUCUAGAAGAAACAUAUCGCGAUGGUCGCAAUACGAUACGCCGUGAAUACGUUUUACCGGAUUUCUGCCGACUAUUUCGUGGGUACCUUAGGGAACCAUCAACAUUGGGAAAGUUCUCACUGCCGGAGGAUUCCCCACAACACAUUACUAUAAAUCGCGAGCGCUUCGCUUUGCCGGAAAUAUUAUUUCAGUUGGUGAUAUAUUUUAGUCCAUCGGAUAUUGGCCUCAAUCAAAUGGGAGUAGUAGAAGCUGUCGUCGAAUCAUUAUCUCGAUGUCCAGUGAAUUUACGACCAGCACUAGUGCAGAACAUAUCUCUCGUAGGAGGAUGUACUCUGUUCCCAGGAACACUUCAUUUAAAAGGAUUGGGUAUUAAUCAUUUGCAUACCUUUAAACUGCUUGCCAACGUGCCCGGGUCCAUACUGCUUCCUUCCCUUAAAGAAAAAAUAAGUACUAUUGGUUGGGAUAGAAGGUUCAAUCUUUUUUUCAGCAUAUCUGAACUCCGAUCAUACAUGGACGUGGAUUGGUGUGUAGCUCUUGCUGACGUUAUCAAUCCGAUCACCCACGCUUGGUCAUGUGCAUCCUCUGCUUUUUCCGGUGACAUGGCUGAGGAGGAUCAGCUUUUUGUUACGCGAGAAGAAUGGAAUGAGCAUGGAGAAGAGAUAUUACAUAAGAAAUUCUUAAAUUUCCUGGAUUUCGACUCUGAGGAGGCUGAUGAAGCCUCAGAUGAAGCUAUAGAGGUUAUCGCUAUGUGUUGCUCUGUUUCAGAUGCCACAAUAUAUGUCGGAGGCCUCGACGAGAAGGUUACAGAGAAUGUGCUUUGGGAGUUAAUGGUUCAAGCAGGUCCCGUCACGAGUGUGAAUAUGCCCAAGGAUCGAGUGACGGCGAACCAUCAAGGGUUUGGCUUCGUUGAGUUCGUGGGUGAGGAAGAUGCGGACUACGCAAUAAAGAUUUUAAAUAUGAUAAAGCUGUACGGAAAACCUAUAAAAGUGAAUAAAGCAAGCGCUCAUGAAAAGAACAUGGAUGUUGGCGCUAACAUUUUUGUUGGAAAUCUUGAUUCAGAGGUUGACGAAAAGCUUCUUUAUGAUACCUUCAGUGCAUUUGGAGUAAUUCUUCAAGUGCCCAAAAUUAUGCGUGAUCCAGAAACAGGCAACAGUAAAGGUUUCGCUUUUAUCAAUUUUGCAUCAUUCGAAGCAUCCGAUAUGGCCAUGGAAGCCAUGAAUGGGCAGUUCCUUUGCAAUCGGGCUAUUUCUGUCUCGUACGCUUUCAAAAAGGAUGCGAAAGGUGAGCGGCACGGUACUGCUGCAGAACGUAUGCUGGCUGCUCAAAACCCUCUGUUCCCGAAGGAUCGUCCCAACCAGAUGUUCUCCGACGCUCCCGGAAGACUUCCAUUCCCACCACCCAUGCCUGGAAUGCCUCCAAUUAUACCAGGACUACCAGGAAUGCCUCCAAUGCCUCCUCCUUUGCCUAUGGGUAUGGCUGGUAUGGCUUUCCCACCACCGCCGCCGACUGCAACUCCAAUGCCUCCUCCUCCACCACCACCUGUGCCACCAACACCGACCAUAACACCACGUCCACCUCCACCGCCAAUGUCAAGUAAGUUGGUUGUAACCGUAGUAAGUCAUGCGCUUGUUUGGGCUUCACUUGUAAAUGUUUUACUUUCAGCUGGAGGGGCGCAGUGGCCUAUGCCACCACCACCGCCUACACACACGCCAAGUAUGCCGACUCCACCUCCACCCCCUCCUUCACGUGGAACAUCAUCUUUUGUGCCUCCUCCACCACCAGGUUCAAUGCCACCUCCUCCAGGGCCGCCACCAGGUCCGCCUGGUCCACCAGGACCUCCACCACCAGGUCCUCCCGCACCUCCAGGGCCUCCUCCUCCAGGAAUGAUGCCUCCUCCUCCAAGGUUCCCACCAGGAAUGCCCCCUCCACCACCACGAUUCAACUCUGCUGCGCCGCCGCCGAGCUCCGGACAGUUCCCUCCUCCUCCGCCUCCUUCAAGACCGCCUGUUCCACCUCCUCCUGGACAAGCACCACCACCACCAAUUCCACCUCCACCACCGUCAUCAUAA